UUCAGAGAGGCGAGGGUCGCGUCGAGUCUGUCCAUCGAACAUUGUCAACCUGCGGCGCAGCGGUAUCAAAGAGCGUAACGUCGCGACGACGACAACCUCCACGGCGAAUAUCAAGAGGAGCCCGGCGAUGAAGCAGGAACCGAAGAACGAAGAAGACAGUUAUUUCGACGAAUCAAGCAUGCCGGCUGCGUCAACGACACCGCCUCCGCCGACGGCAUUGCCGUCGACGGCAUUGCCGCCGACGUCGUCCUCGUCAUCGUCUGGCUGGCAUGGAAGCGUCACGCACCGCGUGCGUUCCCACGCGCGUAGCCUACGUGCCAUGGCGAACCCCAGUGCGGUCUGGGCACACUUCGAUCUAUGCACUGACGAUCCGUUGCGCGCCCAGUGCCGCAUCUGCGGGGCGGUUGUCGUUCGAGGCGGUGCGAAUCCGCGUCAGUGCGGAACGACAAAUCUGCACCGGCAUCUCAGGGUACAUCACGGGGGCAGACUGAUCGGCAGACGUUAUCAUGUUUUACAGUCAACGUCCCAAGGCAGUACAAGUUCGAAAGCAAUAAGGAUUGCAACGCAAUCCUUAGUGAGACCUCACAUUCGUAACAUCGCACCAGCGCCGCUACCUCAGCAACAGCAGUCACAGCAACAGCAGCAACAACGGCAACCAAAGACUCUCGUAUUAAAAACUAUUCCGUUGAAAGUGAAACAAGUUGCACCUACAACUAUCAAAAUGCCAUCGCGACAAACUAAUCAAGGAUCCCACAAUGUUGUGCAUCAGCAACCUACAGAAGUUUGCCUAAGGUGGAAUAGUUACCAUAGUAAUAUGCAGAAUAGCUUCCCGUCAUUACUGGACACAGAACAGUUCGUCGAUGUGACCCUGGCGUGUGAAGGGCGGUCUCUGAAAUGUCAUAAAAUGAUUUUAUCUUCCUGCAGCGACUACCUGGCAGAUUUGUUACGGGAGAAUCCGUGUCAACAUCCUAUUAUUCUAAUGAAGGAUUUGAAAUUUUGGGAGGUGGAGGCAUUGGUUAAAUUCAUGUACCGUGGAGAAGUCAAUAUCGCUCACGAUAAAUUGCCGCAACUAUUGAAUGCCGCUGAAGCGUUACAAGUGAAGGGACUAGCCGGUCCAAGUCCCUCAUCUCAAAAUACAAAAUCACCGUUACUUAUACCUCAAACAAAGCCAUUGUCGUCUCAACAUGUAGUUCCUAGAAGUACCACCGAAUCCAAAGAGAAUAAAACAUCACCUUCAAGGGUGUCUAUGUCUUCUAGUCCUAAGCGUGCGCAAAAGCGACAACAGUCCGAAUCUAUAGAGUCAAGACCUUUUACCAAAAUACGUCUGCAGCGACCCAUCACGCCAAUGUCUCCAUGUGCGACUGUAAAAUUGGAGCCUUUAGAUAUACCUCUUAGCCCGACAGAGAUAUUCUCAGAGAAUAACGAAGUCACAGCUUCUUCAGACUUUGAAAAACUUAUGAGUUUACACGAGGAAGAUGAUUCAGGUGGCGAGGAAAUUAACGAUGGAGACGAGAGACUACAUUUUUGUGAACUGCCAGCUCCGCCAGAUUUAAACGAUAAUGAAGACCAAAUGGAGUUUGUACCUACAGAUUUUCUAGAGCAACAGCAAGACAUUGUCGAAGAAGAAUUAAGUUGUAAUAAAGAUAAUAAUAAAAAAGAAUCUCUUGAUUAUGCUUCCGCUGACGUUGGCGAGGACAACGAAAUCGAGCAUAAUGAAAAACAGCCCUUGAGAGAAAAGAAAGUGACAUAGUAAAAUAAGAUAUAGAGAUAUCUUAUAAUCUAUGUAAUAAUUGGAUUAUCCUACAAAUUUCAAUGGAAACUAGUGUAAGAAUAUCUGCAAUUUGUUUUUUUAAACUCAAGCGAAAAAAUGCAUUAUAACAACAAACUGAAUCAGAGUCAUCAUAUGAGAACCAAGAACCAAAACAAAACAGAUUGUUAUUUUUGGA